AUGCUGGCUCUAUGCGCAUCGCUCGGGGUCGGAGUCGUGCUUGGCGGUGCAUUCUCGCUCACCAGCAUCGGAUACCGCGCAUUUUUCUACUUCACGUUUGCCAUUAGCUUCUUGACCUCCAUUGUGCUCUUUUUCAUUGUCGUUCCCGUGGAAAAAACCGAAGAACACCACAAGCUGAGCUCCAAGUACCUCAACUAUGGCGGCGCCAUCUUUCUUGUUGGCGGCCUGCUACUCAUCAUCUGCGGACUCACAGAGGCGGGCAACCGCUGGAAGUCGCCGAAAGUGUAUGUUACCAUUCCGGUCGGCUUCGUCAUGGUGCUGAGCGUCCUCCUAUACGAAAAUGUCUACGUCAGACCGUACCAGAAGAGACACCCGACGCUGGAAACAUACAGGGCCAAGCUGGUCGUGCUGUUCCCGGCAGAAGUGGUGAAAAUCACCAAUUUUGUGCCCUUCCUAGUCGGCCUCACGGCCAAUUACGCCGGGUUCACCUCGCUAAUGACAUCGCUGCUGCUAUAUCACGAGUUUGUCGACGGCAACUCUCCCUUGCUCUCGGCAGGAAAGGUGUUUUGCACAUCUGCAGGUAUCAUCGUCGGCGCACUGAUCUACAGACCGUGGUUGCAGCAGAAAAUUGGUAGCAAGCUGCUGCUCAUUUGGUCUGCCACCGUGUGUCUCGGCACGUCCAUUUGGGUCACCAGAAUCGACCACACCAACAAGAACUCGUUCUGGAUCUACGAGUUUGUGCCCCAGCUGCUGUACGGCUAUGGUACUAACCUGUUUUACCAGGUGUACCUGCUUGCUCUGCUCUCCGAAACUCCGCUGCACCUCCAAGGAAACGUGACUGGCAUUUUCCAGACCAUUGGCCAGAUCGGCAUUUGUCUCGGCACAGCUAUUGCCUCGUCCAUCAUCGGCGCACUUGACUCCACACAAACCUACACCAAGGAUUACGUGCAGACCAAAUGUGUCAACGCAUUGUGGUUCACUGUGGCUUGCUUCGUGCUUGAGCUGGUGAUGAUGGUGUUCUCCAAGAACACAAGACCGGUUGCAGCCUCGCAAGAGGAGAACACAGUGGAAGACUCGGAGGAUAAAUCAGACGACGCGUGUGAGGACAAGGUCUAG